CCCAUCGUGGUCACAUAUUUCAUAACAAACAUACUAAAAUGAACGCGUUAGCAAAGCUUAAAACGAUAGCCCCUGCCGUAAACCAAAUCGUUCGUUCGUACGCACUCAAGUCGGAUCUUAAAAUCAAAUGGGUACGACCAGAAAAAAUACCCUGUUACAAACCGGAAAAAUCCGGGGACCUGCAAGCCCUGCCCCAGUACGCCGGUACGGAGUUGAUGAAGGAUUUCCGUGAUUCGAAGGAGCUGGAAACAGCCAACGAGCAUGUGCGCAAUCUGUUCACUCUGGAGCACAACCGACGAAAGGAGAUGGUGGAGAACUUCAAGGAGGAUAUGGUGCGGAGGGUCUACCGACACGAACUUGACUAUGGCUCGAUGGAGGCCAAGUUGGGUCUCAUGACGGCACGCAUUCGAAGUUUGCAGGAGUACAUGGAAAAGUUUCCUCGCCAAUCGGUCGUCAAAGUACAGCUAAAGGAGCUGAUCGACAAACGGAAGCGCUACCUUCGAUACUUGCGCCGAUGGGACUACCGUAGGUUCGAGUACGUUUUGGAAAAGCUGGAUCUUGUGUACAAGCCAUACCCUACACACUUUCACUGGAUCACCCGUAAGGAUUCGCUGCGCAAACUAACAACCAUCCACUGCGACCAGAUUAAAGACAAACGACUCGACGAGUACCGGAGGCAGCUCGAAUCGGAGCAGCUGGAUUUUCUGGAGAAGAAGCUGAAAACGUUGGAGUUUGUGCGUCAGGAGCAGAUCGAGUGUCGCGUUCCGGUGACUGUUACGCCGGAUGAAAUCAAAGCGGUCCGGAAGCGUUAUGAUGAGCUCUUACAAAAACGGGCCGCACUAGCAGACAGUUUAAAGGAAUCGGAAGAAUGAUAAUUUCUAAUAAACCAAGUCGUUUUGUAGAUCCAACUGUUUUGUUUUACCAACAUAUAUUUUUUUUAUUUUAAAAUACAUCAAUACAAAUAAAGUUAAUAGGCCUA